UGUGUGUGCUGUGGAUGUGUAUCCAGAUGUGCGUAGUGGGGGAUGUAUGCAAAGAGAAUAUCACAGGAAUUGGGUCGUCCGACACGCUCACUUGCAGGGUGGUUGGUCACCAAGUUUCUAAAGUUGCAUAACCGGAUCCUGGAGGAGAACACGGUGCAGCUGUGUGGGAUUCAGCCCGGUGAUACAGUUCUGGAGCUGGGACACAGAUCGGGAUUGGGUCUAUAGUCUGCAGCCCAACUGCUCACACGACCCACUGGCAAACUCGUAGGAGUGGACUAUUCUCAGUACAUGCACCAGGUGGGCUUAUGGUUACCACGCUAAGGCUGAACAGGGUGGUACAGUUGGCAUCUAAGUAGGUGUUACCAGGGGAGAACUGGCAUCUGGAAGCAUACAUGGAGGCUCUGAGGGACUCUGGGUUCUCUGAUGUGUGGAUGAAGUACCUUAAGGACCGUGACAUCAUCUUUGAAGCCAUAUAUAAUGCCACUGCCUGAAAAUGAGAGAUUUCACAAGUAUUUUGUAACGACUAAUCAAUCAAAUGCAAUGUAGACUAUUAAUCAAAUGGAACUGAUAAUAGAGGCAUAGCUUAUUCAGAUUGUUGAAAAAAAAUCAGGGAAAUGAUGACGCUUACUUACUGAAUUAAAAACGGAAUGUUGCUGUAGUAUAAAUCUGGAUUUUUUUAGGUGGGAAAUCUGAACUCUUGCCGUUUAGGUUCGAUCGUUCAUUCAUUUUUGCUGGUAAAACUACCACACCCAUAAUGCAGCGCUAAGGGUCGAGUUCAGCUGACGUACAACGUGGGAAAUUCGAAGCUGUGAGUGCGCUAUGUGUGUAUAGUUUGUUUGGAAACGAUAGGCUAAAACUUUAUAGAUAACGCUAAGCCCUGGUUUUAUGAACCCAAUGAGUACGCUAAUAUGUGUCAAUAAUAAUAGGCCCGUGAGAUACAAGAGAUGACUUGCAAACAGAAAGUAAUGUUUGCUGGUGCUAUAUGCUACUGGUACCUGCUUCAAAGAUUUGAGCAAGCUUGCUAACGUUAAUUGAAGUAGCAUUAGCAGUAUUGUUUUCCAGGUUUAGUUAGCCAUUACAAAAUUACAUUCUUUCGUGGGUGGCAAAACACAUCAUAUUCGUUUUGUGUGAACGUUUAUUGUGUUGCGUAAUCAAAAAGGUUUAUACACUUUUCACGGAGAAACCAGACAAGGAUGCAGAAGAUUUCUCGUCUGAAGCGCGAGCUCCAGCUACUAACCACCGAACCUCCACCAGGGAUAACGUGCUGGCAGGCAGAGGGACAGAUGGACGAUCUCCGGGCGCAGAUAAUAGGUGGGUCGGGAACUCCAUUUGAAGGAGGUGUCUUCUUAUUGGAGAUCAAGGUCCCCGAAAGGUAUCCAUUUGAGCCUCCCCAAAUCCGGUACCUAACACCUAUAUACCACCCCAACAUUGACAAUGCUGGACGCAUCUGCCAUGACGCCCUCAAGCUACCACCCAAGGGAGCGUGGAAGCCUUCCCUCAACAUCCCGACGGUCCUCACUUCUCUUCAGCUGCUGAUGGCAGAACCCAACCCAGAUGAUCCCCUCAUGGCCGAUAUAUCGUCUGAGUUCAAGUACAACAAGCAGCUUUACCUGGAUAAGGCCAGGAAAUGGACACAGAAACACGCCAUGCAAAAAAACAUGGGAGUAGUAGAGUCAAAGGAGGCGGGCAAAGAGGAAGAGAAGACGCUGUCCCGGAAGAGAGACACCCCGAGUGGGCAGGAGCAGCCUGGGGUGGGGCCUCAGGAACCCAAGAGAGUGUGUGUGUAGAUGUAGCAGGUCACACCUCACUGGAUCAUCUUUUUCUUUUCUUGUUUGAAACUGUUUCGUUUGGGUAUGGAUUCUUCUGGUUUGUCUUUGUGUUCAAUUGUUCUCAAGAUGUAUUCACAGAUGUAUACAUGGACACUUUUAAUUACCUUUCUUAGCUAUGUUCCUUCUUAUAUGGAAAUUGAAACAAAGAAAAAUAAAUAUAUUUGCCUUUAA